UCGGGGCAUCUCCCAACGCACUCAUGGCUUUUGCCGUGAUCGAAACCGACCGCCCCAUGACGCUUCUGGCCGUCAAGAUCCACUACGCCGCACAAGUGAGGGCGGCCCUCUCUCUCUCCAUAUCUCACACCGUCGAAAGCCUCACCAGCGCACCAGAGUGCGCGACGCUUCGGAUCGAUGGCACGGGCGAGAGGGAGGUGCCAUGUGUGGGCGAGGGGCGGGUGGUGUAUAUCGGCGUCUCUGGCGAGGUCAGCUUGUGUGAGGUGUCGCUGGUGCGGAAGAGCGACCGUGUAGUCGUCACAGGCGGGGAGAUGGCCCGAGUGCCGGUGGGGGGAGGGGUGGACGUCAGUGUGCAGGGGAAGAAACUGACCGGGGAGGAGAGAAUACGCCUUGUUAACGUGCGUAAGCCUUCCUCCCCCGGCCACUCAGUCAGUCACGCCCAUUAAGGAAGGGUUCUGCCUCUGUGCGUGUGGGCAGGGCAGUGUGACUUGUGGCAGCGAUGAGGCCCUUCUCAUGACGCCAUCGCUCUCUGCUGCCUCGCUUGAUGGCCCGCCACACACACUGGUGGCGUCUCAGGAAGAAACAUGGAACGGCGGCGCACUGACACAGCCAGGUGUCUAUCGGGUACAUUCCUACAGACAAGGUCUGUUCGACUCGACAGCACUGGCUGGUGAUAUUGUUUUGUCCUGGUCAGGUGUGUUGGUGUGAGGGGACGGGUGGCUGCGACGAUGGGGGGGAAUUUGACCUCGAGACACAACUAAUCAUUGUGGAGCCGAGGGCUGUCACCAUUGUCAGGUACUUGAUCGAUGGAUGGAUGGAUGGACGACAGACAUCCUGCUUGCCCUCACCAUGUCCUCUGCAGCGAAUCGAUGGGUCUGUCUGCACCAACAUCAGUCAGCCUUGCUAGGGACGGAUCGGCGCUCUACAUCGCAGACCCAGCCCAGCACACGUACUAGCGCCCACAAACUCCUCACGUACCACACGCACUGUCCUGUGAAUGCGCAGCGUCUUCGAAUACCGUCCGGGCGAGGCAAGUCUGAGAGUUGCGGCGGGAACAGGGACAGCGGGCUACAGUGGCGACAACGGUGCCGCCACAUCGGCAUUGCUCAACUCACCUCAGAGCGUGUCAGUCUCACCCAACACGGGAAUAAUCUUCAUCGCAGACACUAACAACCACAGGCGCGCGCAAACGAGCAAGGGGGGGGGGGAGAGAACGCAAAUGCAGCACCCUAACUCUCUCUGCGCUGGGUGGAUGCAGGAUUCGCGCAGUGGCGAAUGGCACCAUCGAGACUGUGGUUGGGACGGGUGUUGCGGGGUUCAGCGGGGAUGGGGGACAGGCUACGCUGGCACAGCUGCGCACGCCCACUGACGUGCUGGUCGACAGAAACAACAACCUGUGCUGUGAAUGACCGAAUGGAUACUGACCUACUCAGGUGCUCGUACAUCUGCCGGUGGUGUGUAUAUCUGUCUGUGUGCAGGUGGAUUGUGGACAGCGGCAACCAGAGGAUCAGAAUCGUGUCACUAUCCACAGGUGGGCGGGGCGACCAUCCAUACCACCCCCCACACCCUCACGACUCCCCAAUGUGUGUGCACAGGCAUCCCCGAUGAGGCGGAGGAGGUGGUCCCGGGCACCAUAUCCACCAGUGCAGGAGACGGCCGAGUCAGCUCAGACGGCGGCAGGGAAGGCGUCAUGUCUCUCGCAGGCUCGCUCAGCCACCCCAAGGCCCUCAGUGUCGCUUUCUCGUGAGCAGCCAUGGAAAUAAGACAUGCAUGCAGCACGUCACCUGCCCUGCGUGUGUGUAUCCAUCGAAUCGAUGUCUCCAGGUAUCUGUUUAUCAGCAGCUCUUCAAACGACGUGCCAAUCACCGUGUGGCUGGCCGAGCAGGCGGGCGUCAGACAGGUAGGUGAGGUGAAUGAGACCUAUGCCGAUCUCUCUCUCUCAUCCCCCCAAAAGCAAACACUGGCUGGCCGCACUGCAGGUGUCGCUGCGUCGUCAAGGGUAUACGGGUCUGAUGCGCCCCCUGAAGGAAGAGGCCAUCGACGGGUCGGGGAGCUUCAGCGAUGUGGGAGGGGUGGCGACGGCCAGCGACGGCAGGCUCUUCACAAGCGACAGCACCGGCGGCGCUGUACACAUGACACAGACGAUCGAGGUCAGUGGUAGAACUCUCCUCCGCCACGCAGACGCACAGAAACGCUUGGUUGUCUGCGUUUCUUCUCCUCCAGUAUGUGGCCACCGGUUGCUGGCUGUUCCUCGGAUCUCCUCCCCUGGUUCCAUCGAUUGAAGAGCAGCACCCCCUGCUGAUGGACAAUCACCUCAUGCGAGUUGACCCAACCUUCAUGUGCGGACAGGCGGCCAUGGCUCUGGAGCUGCCAAUGUUUGGCCUGCGGGAUGGCGGCGUGUGCGUCGGCAGCACCGACAUGCCCUUUGUGUACAAAACGUACGGACCCUCGCUGGCGUGUGAGGACGGCUCUGGGGGCAAAGACGCAAUGAGCGCAUAUCGCUUGACCUCCAGGACGACCACAGAAGAGAAUCUGUUCACUAGGGUGCGGCUGGCGAGUGUCGUGGGGUCGCCACAGAAGAUGUUCUACGGCAAUGACAUGCUCUGGGUGGCCGGUAGGCAUGGAGGGAGAGAGGCAGCGAUGGAUGGAUGAGCGAUGCACCCACCCACCGUCUCCUUGCUGUGGCUGUGUUGUCUGUGCCAGUCAGUCCCCCUUCCCCGCACAUAGCCCUCAUCCUGCUGUCCAUCUCAACCCAGCCAGGCCAGCGCUUCAGCUGUCUGGAAGGCCAGCUGUGCUCCAUCACCAUCCGGGGCAACGGCCUCGUGCCGUCCAUACCUCUCACCCUCCUGCCGCCAUCGCUCCCCUGUGGCAGAGACGUCACCCCGUUUCCCGUGAUGUCUCCCGCCAUGUCGAUGGAAAGCGUCUCGGGGCCAACGUCCUUUCUCUUCUCGUCCCUGACGUACGAAAUCGGCCCGUUGCGGUCGCUGCAAGUCGGUACACACACGCACAUGUGCUCCGUCUGUGUGCCGUUGUGCACUCUCUUUCUCUCCUUCCCCCCAUGCCAUGUGUGGAUUGCAGUCGAUGCAUCAAGGAGGGAGUGGCAGUGUCCGCGAGUUCCGUAUAUGUCUGUGUGGCGCUGACACAGGCUGCUCUGUGAGUGAAGACUUCCGUCUCGACGCCGGGAUGGUGCAGCUGGAGGGACCGAUGUACCGUCACUACGAGGCGCCUGCUGGCGAGAAUUUCGACCUCAUUCUGAGGGGCAGCGCUCUCAGAGAUGACGAUGCCAUUCGCGUCGUCGAGUGAGCGAACACAAUGGAUAGAGAGAGACACACGGGGGACGGUGAAAAGUCUUUUUGUGCGGUAAACAGAAAGGAGGCUGGAUGUUCGGCUGACCCUGUCUCUGCCAGUGUGGUCACGCUUGCAUCUCCGGCACGAUCGUCGGGCAACGAGUCAACCUCCGUGUUCGACUCCGUGCUGUCGAGUGAAGGAGGAGAUUUCCUUGUAUGCUGGUGUGGCACGGCCAAUGCAUCAGAGCUCAUGCCGCUGGCACUCACAGACAGCUGCACCUCGGCGCCCAACUUCUCUGUCGAGGUGGGCGAAGAAGGUCGCGCCAACCGAAGGAAUGACUAUGUGCGUGGCGGCUUACUGGUGCUUGCAGGCGUCAUAUCUGACGGUGAUCGGCCCCCGUGGUCUGCUGCAGAGCAUGACGGUUGCUGCGGGACAGCCAUUCAACGUCACUGUAUUCGGUAGGGAUCCUGACAGUAGCUACCACCAACCUGCACACGUGAGCAUGUCUGCAUCUGCACAGGUCGAGGCCUCUCUGUGGCCAACCGCAUUCGCCUCGUCCCCCACUUGCCUUCGGCCGAUCCUCUCACUGUCUGCAGCAACCCAUUUGACCCAGCUGCCACAGGCCAACUGCUCGUGUCGCCAUCCCAGCAGAUGACACCUUUCGGCCCGUUCCACCGUGCGACCGAUUUCAAGGUAUGAGAAGUGAUCCAUGCCGUGAGUGACACUCAUGCAGCUGUGUUGUCCAUUCCAUUCCAUUCCAUUCCAGAGUGUGUGGGGCCCGAUGGUUGUGGUCACACCCGGCGAGUAUCAGGUUUGUUGGUGUCCGGGCACAACAGUCGCUGACGAGAAGAGCGAGUUGGUCGAGUGCUUCUCCAGCACACAAUUCAGCACACGGGCAGGAGGCAUCACCGUCACAGGUGUAAACGAAAUCUGAGGUCUCCUUCCUGUGCAAUCAUCUCGCCACUGGCCCUCGUUCAGGCAGUCUGAGCCCGAGCAACGAUCCGCAAUAUGCCUCGUAUCUGGACAAGGUCACUCUCCAUCCCAGCCUUCCCUCCCCCCUGCGAACCGCCCUGCCCAUCCCCACGGGAGCGCCUCGUAGCGUCGCUAUCACCACAUGGACGCGAUCCCAUCCACCCGCUAUCGGCAGCCGCCAGACCGGCCCUGCCCGUGUGCGCGUCACCCUGUGCAGUGCCUCCGAGUGUCUCCCGCCCGUUGCGGAGCUUACCAUCCAGCCAAACUUCCAUGGGUACGAGCGCGUCGCCAGUGAGGUGUUCACGCGGUCUAUCGACCUCUCGGCUGCUGUCGGUCCGUCUUUUGCCGUCGAUCGCAUGUAUCUGAGGAACGUGGGCAUCGUCGCAGACUGGCCCGCCGAGCGCAUCACGGUCUCCUACUCCACCAGCACCAUCUCUUUCCCCAUCCAGGGGUGGCUUACAGUCAAUGCGACAGCUUCACCGCUGCUGCCCUUGUCUCCCCCUCUACCACUGUUCUCGUCUUCCGGUUCUGCGUUGGAGGUGGAUGAGUGCGGCGGGUGGUGUUAUGGCGGGUACGUGUGUGUCGAGGAGAGGUGUGUGAGCCACUGUGGCGAUGGCUGGGUGACGGGAGAUGAGAUGUGCGACGACGGAAACCAGAGACAGGGAGAUGGAUGCGACGAAAAGUGCGCACGGCGGGCAGGAAAGGCAGCAGUCAAGUGACUUAGGUGAAUGAUGUCUCUUCCUGUGUCUGUGUGUGGUGCGGCUUUUAUUCAGGUGUUCAAUUGAGGCAGGUUACGAGUGCUAUACGUCUCAGCCGCAGACCGCCCCGUCGACAUGUCAUCCCUUGGCGUGCAUCAACAUCCCCACGGACCCCCCUACACCAAGCUGGGCCACACUAGAUUGCUUCGUGUGCAACGAACCAUCGUCGCCUUUUAGCCUUACAAAUGCGUCCAUAUCGUCCCCAUACCGCGCAUUCGGGUGCCAUGAGCUCCCAAGCGGCCUCACGGGCCUCUGUGAGGCAUCUGGGCCUUUUUCGUCUCUGUCGGCGGGAGGCUUUGAUGCCCAUCUGCCAACCAGAGUCCUCGAGACACAAUCCUUAAGUAUGGAUGCCUUAUCCCCCAGGAUCGAUGGGUGCAAGCACAUUCUGUGUUGUCUGUGUCUCUUUUUAUGUCUGUCAGUGGAUGUGAAGGCGUGCAACCAGACCGCCGCUGUGGAGGUCUGCUUCCCCCUCGGCUCGCCAGUGCUUGUCAGCGCCACCCUCUCACGACGCCUCUCAAACAUCAAUCUCGUCUUCAACGCGCCGGUUGCCAUCAUGGCGUGCGACGCCUUCUAUACCUUCUCAUCCCAGUCGAGGAUCAUCCCGUGUGACGCCUUGCUCGACCUGGCCGCCUUAACAGCAGACUGGCGAUGCCAAUGGACGUCGCCCUUCCAGAUAUUUGUGUUCUUUCCCAUUGCUGAGACGCCGCCGACGAGUGUGACGAUGCGCGAGGGCCGAGUGGUGCUGCUGGCGGUAGCGGAGCAGUGGACGGACGUCAGCGGCAAUGUGACAGGCUCCGGCCCUCCACUCGGAUGGUUUGCCGGUGCGCAGACCGUCCCUGUGCUAAGCGACGAAUCAGACUGUGGACACCAGAAGCAAGAUGACAGAGGAGAUGCUGCCCUCUUCCCCAGCGAAUCAUCACUGAGAUGCCCCGUCAUCGAUUGGCCCGAGGCAGUGGGCGUGUCGGGGUGUUUUCCUGUCCUCCUGGACGCACUCAUGUCUCCCAACACCAAAGUGGGUGGCGGCUGGCGAGGGUUGCUCAGCGACUCGGCUGUUCUGACGUACGAGUGCUUCGGUGGCUCGUCGUGUGCCAUUUUGCAGCCAUGGCUGGGCAACGGAUGCCAGGUCAGCGGCUCGGCUUACUGCAAGCUCAGGACGUUCCUCCCUGCAGCAGAGAUCACGUCCAAUGUGACUCUGAGGCUCACUAUCGAGGCUGAGGGCUGCACAAGCGCCACACAGACGACACUCUACCCAUUAACAACAGGAGGGGGCCAGCUCCCUCUGGCUUUGCCGCGGACGCCCAUGCAGCAAGAGAUCGGCAUCGCUGACCCACUCACCCUGCGGCUCGACACGGCCACGACGGCUCUGGAGACAUGUCCGUCAGCAUCAGACGCGAACACCUAUCCCUUCUCGGCUCAGCGGUCGCUGAACGUCGAUCGGCCUCCGGUGACAGGGAGUGCAUCCAGCCCGGUCUUCGCAUGGACUGACGUCAACCAUCGAACCCAUUCCCGCCUGCUGGCUGUCGAGUGGAGCAUGUCCCCCCCACAGCCGGAUCUCGCCCCCGUCAGCCAGUCGAACCCAGCCGUGUUUUCUCUCCCACCUUUCGCCCUACCCGUCGGCCAGUGGCGUGUGUCGGCCACCGUCUACCAGAGGAGCGAGGGCUCAGAGGCGGACGUGCCAACACAAGUGACGGUGCCAUUUGACGUGCAUGUCGUGGAUCGAUGGUCGGAAGCUGACUCGCGGCUGCUGGUGUCUCACUCUCCUGUGGUGGAUGCGAGGUGCCCAUUCGCCCUGCUGGCUCGUGUCGACCCAUCUGUUGUCCUGGAGUUGCCACGCCUCAUGAGCGUCACGGUCGAGUGGGCGUGUGAGACUGCGGAUGGGAUCAGCUGCCCUUUUGCCCUGACGACCGACCAGCUGACUGUCGGUGAUGUGCUGCUGCAGAGCGACUUUGUGGGGAUCGCUUACACGUCCACACCCACAGCAGGGUCCUAUCGCUUCACAGCGACAGCGAUGGCGAGGCCGAUGGGCGGCUCUCAGUAUGUUAUUGCAACGACUGUUGCGUGGGUCGAGGCCAAGACGGUUGGCUACCUUGACGGCAGAUCUCCGCAGUGUGUCGCUGGAGGCUUCCUACCAACACCGCGGCUCGUGUCUCAUCAGGAUUUGGGUCUUGAUGCGCUGAGAGGCUACGUCGUGACGGAGGCUGCGGCCAGCCCGCCGUCAUUGGCUGAUGUGCAGUGGUUCGUGACGCCGGCAGAUAGCGGUCAUGUGGUGGCUUCCGCGGUGUCGGCGAACGAACAGACAAUCACACUGUCGUCUCUCACUCUGCAAGAGCUGACGCCUCCUGCCGGAUGGAAUGCCCUGCAGCUGACGGAAGGAGGAGAAUACGUGUGGCGUCUCGGGAUUGACCCCUCUCGGUAUCAGUACGACAAUGGCGGUGUUCUCGCAACGAUCGAGGUGGCAAGGAGCGGGGCUCUCCAAGUCAAUGCGCCUCCCUUGGUGGGGCAGCUCCCUAUGCACGUUGACACCUCCCCUCCCACAGCCGGCAUCACCCCGGUGACCCUCAACAUCCUCGAGGUCGCCUCCCUGUCCCCAUCCCUCGAACACCAGUUUGCCCUCAACACCACCACCAUCCAGCCAUUCGGCGAUCCCUACAUCACAUGCACCCUUCCCCCAGGCCACUGGACGAUACGCGGCAUGGCUGUCGACCCCCUCGGUGGGAGAGGCGAGGCGACGACAACAGUCCAGGUGCAGAGCCUUGCCCAGGGGUUGUUCCUGACUCCAACGAAUCCCCCAACUCAACAGAAGGUUGUGGAUCUGUGGGGGCGGUCGUUCGACAGCUGGGCCAGGAAUGCCGUGAGAGUGCUUCUCCGGAUUGAGGCUGGGCAUCACUCUCCAUGGGCCAUCCUGCAGACGUGUGCUUCGGUCAUCGCUGAGUUGGAAGGUGAGACGCUGGAGGCAAAAGGGAAGGCUUAAUGCAUUGUGUGCGUGUGCGUGUGCAUGUGUUGGCAGAAUAUCGCGCGGCAUUGGAUCGGGGCAGGGACGUCGUGAAUGUGGCGCUUGUGGCGACUGCUCCUGAUCCAGUAAACGCAGCGGCACUCACCGUGGUGCAUGACAUGAAUCCGUGCACGUCUGUUCCCUCGUUCUUGAAUCUUGAAUCAUGUCAGGAGUCGGCCAGGGCCGUCAAGAUCAGCUCGGGUGACCUCCUGUCCUCAAUCCCGUCCUCCCGCACCCAAUGGCUGGAUCUGCAGACCACCGCCCUCCACUCGCUGCAGAUCACCACACACAUACUCUCCUCUCCAGGCAUCCUCACAACGCCCCUCGCCCCCUCAUCUGCCGCCGGCCGUCUGGCUGAGCUCGGCUCGCGGCUGCUGCUUGCCUACCCUCUGAUGCCGCCCACGUCGCAUUCUGAGGGCACUGGCGACCUCAUCACACUGAUUACCGACGGGCUCAAUGGCACAGCGGCCGCAGAUGGCGACAUCGGCAUGGAUGCCCUGUUGAAAGGCAUGGCCCAGGUGGUUGUUGCCUUGGCGAGGGCGACGAGCGAAGCUGAGCUGACACGGUGGAUUCGUGGAGACGACGUGGCCAGUGAGGGCACUCAGCUGGUCGGUCAGUCUGCUUACCAUGACACCAAGCACCUCGCACGGGCGUACGAGACACAGGCGAAGGCUCUGAUGUCGCUCUCGGCCUUUCUCGCGACAUCCUACCGAGGACAGCAGAUCGUUCUGCAGGGCGGACCUGACUCCUGCAUUGUCGUGACGCAGUGGGCGGAAGGCGAGACCGUUUCUCUCAGCGCGACACCGUGCGGGUCAUCUGUGAACCUCACCCUCCCCGCCUCCUCCCCUGGCGCACUGCUGCCGUCUGGCCGUCGGCUGUCCACCUCCACGGCUUCGUUCGUGAGCCUGGCCGUCUGGAACGGCGGGUACUUCGGCUCGACAGAGGAGCCGGAGCGCUCUGUGGUCACGGCGGGUCGACUCAGCUCCCUUGUGACACCGGUAAUCAGUGUGGCUUUCGGCCCGGUGGGCGGGAAUGAGACUGUUUUCGUUGACGAGGUUACCCUGCAGCUGCCCCUUAUCUACAACCAAAGUAAGGAAGGGACUACACAUAUUCAGGACAGGCGUCUUAUGUCUCCUUUUUGUUGUGGGGCCAUCAGAUGACACUUUGAGAUUUGCGGAUCGCGCACGCUGCGUGUGGUGGCACCCUGGCCUCCAAAUGUUUACCUCUCUGUACUGCGGGGCGGCCGUCGACGGCUCCUCUGCCUCUCUCUCGUGCCGCUGCACGCGCCUCACACCCACCAUCCUGUACGGCGAGCUCCUCAACGACAUUUCUGCGUUCCUUGCCCCUCUGCCCCCUCUGCACAUCCGCGAUGGCGGCAUCGCUGCGCUCUUCUGCAUCUGGUCUGUCACCCUCUUUGGCCUGCUGCUGGUCUAUGCCGGCCUGGCUUUUGACCGUCACAAGGGGCGCAUCAACAAGGCCUUCUGGCUGAAGGCAUGGUUCAUCGAGGAGGGGGCGGAGGGCGAACAGAUAAGGUGGGCGGGGAGGAGGUACCGGACUUACUCUUGGGGCGGCGCUGGAAAGGGGACAAAGGGCAAAGGGGCGCUCUACCAGACCCUCAAGACAAUGUCGGGCAGGACGGAAGGCCUCUCAGAAAGCGUGAGAGAGAGAGGGACACGAUGGAUGGAUGCAUCAAGUGCAGGAUACGUGUGACGUCAAGUGGAGUGGAGUCUUGUGUGCUCAGGUGCGGACUCUCCGAAUGAUGCGUCGUCGGCAGCAGGGCCGGCAGGACACGAAAGAGGGCUCAUCGUCGUCUUCUUCUUCUUCCGCCUCUGGCCGCUCCGCCCGCAUGGCCAUCGCCAAGAGAAUGUUCCUCAGGUCAGUCAGCGGACACAUUACAUUCACACACAAGGGAGAUGCCUGAUGCUCCGCUCUGUCUCCUCCCACCAUCUUUCUGUACAGGCAGAAGACGACAGACAUCGAGAAGGGCCCUGAGGUCUCCCCAGACAGGCCGCCAGGCCCCUCCCCGCCCCCUGCUGACACGGCACCUGUGAAGCCAAAACAGCAGCGGGGCAAAUGGGAGGUGCCCCUGCCCAGCUCAGUGCCUGGUGUCCCCGCCCCGCCCCGAUCCCCUCCCCGCCAGCUGAUGACACAGAAGAGUGAAGGACACGGCAGUGUGUCUGAGUUCGCCGCCUUGCCUCCGCCCCCCGCUCGCUUUGAGAGUGUUGGCGAGCACGCGAUGAGCCCACCGGAAAACGGGCAGGAGGGAGCAAAGAAGGAGACCCAUGCUGAUCAGGAAGCCAAAACUGGUGAGACACACAUGUGACUGAUCACGCCACCAUGUCAUGGUGGGUGGAUGGAUGGAUGGAUGUGCAGACCUGGCCAGCUCUCUGGCCAGCAGUGCCGGGGGUCAGCGGGGGAUCCUCAAGCAGACUGGGGGCCCGGCGAAUGGCAACGUGGGCGACAACAAUAGCAAUAGCCACAACCGGCAAGUGACGAUGAAGUCGGACGAGAGAAGCCGGUCGGCCGACGAGAGAUCACACGUGACGGUGGUGGAGACAUUGCCAGAGGAGGACGAGUGGUCUCAGGCCACAAGCGACCUCGAUAGCGAGCUAUCACACAAGGUAGGUGCUUGGGGGUCCACACGACGCACUGGGGGGAGGAGGGCUCCCACUCUCUCUCUGUGUGUGUGUGUGUGUGUGUGUUGUCAGCUCAGCUCGAUGAAGACAUUCGAGUUCACCGGGUGGUCCACCCUCAUGACCAUCUGCCUUGUCUUGUGGAAGCGGCACCCAUUGCUCUCCCUCUUCACCAUGAACCCACACAUCGGCGCAGUCAAGAGGUGCCUGAACGUUUGUGUUGCUGGGAGAGAGACAUCUCAUCUCAUUCGACCCUUCAUGAAUUUCUUCUGCAGAGCGCUGCUCCGUUUUGCCCACAUAGCGAGCAGCGCCGCCAUAUUCUCUGCACUCUUCGCCUUCGCGCGGGCGUCGAUCGCUGGCGACUGGUCGCCCAAUUUCCGCCAGACCGUUGAGAGUGAUGCCUCCAGACGGGUGUCGCUGGGAUGCCAUCGGGACCUUCUGCUGUUCUUCCUCCCUGUGCUGAGCGAUUUGUUGGCGUAUGCCUUGAGCCCGUCUAGUUACUUGUACGUGUUGGUGAUGCGGAAGAGGGUCUAUGUGGAGAUCCUCUCGCCUGUGCAAAAAGACGACAUUGUCAACCUGUGAGCAAAGCCAAUGUGUGUGGAUCGCUGCCCAUCUCCUCUGUGUGUGUGUGAUUGUCAGGUGGCGUCUCCGCGACCGUCUGUCGUGUGUGUUGCUGUGGCUGUGGAUCGUGUCUUGUGGGUUCGUCAUCCCCCACGCCAUCCUCCUCUCUGGCGGAUUCGACAGUGUGGAGGGGCCAUUCGCCAGCGGCCUGGCCCUCACUGUCUUCCUCUGGUGGCCCAUCGCCACACCAUUGCUGGUCAGACCCACACACAACACAAGAGAAACACCAAACACCUCGUGGACCCUUUUGUGUGUGUCUCCCUCUGUGUGUGUGGGCAGCUGCUAAGCACCCAGGUCAUGCUUCUUCGGCUAGUGCUGUCUUAUGACUGUGUCGACGGCCUGCUCACUCUGCUGCCCGGCCUGAUGGACUUCUCGUGGAUCCUAUCCGGCGACAGACAUGACCUCGUUGAGGAGAUCAGACAUUUGCACUACGAGACACACACGCUAGCUGAGGAGCUGAAGAUGGCCCGGUUGCGCAAGCUCACUCGGCUGGCCACACGUGCGCAGGGGCCGGAGGGAGAGAGGCUGCGGGCUAUGAUAAGCAGGAUGGGGCCGAGAGUCAGCGGUGAACCGGCGGCAACCAUUGGAGAGGAGAGCGAUGGGUCGGCUGUAGUGGCGGCUGGGGACGUGGCAGGGGUAGCGAAAGAAGGAGGAAACGGCGCAGCGAUGCCAGCUGGGUGAGGUGACGUGUGUGUGCGUGUGUCCGCGGGCUUGACGCUUGUUGUUAUGCGUCAAGAGUGUAUGUAUGCGCAAGCAAGCUGGUGGGGUGUUUGUCUCCCAAUGCAUUCAAUGGUGUUCGUGUGUCACACAUCGCGGAAGGAAGCAACAUUUGAUUGGUCAAUGAGUGAGCAU